AUGGUGACGCAUAAUUGCGUCCCAAUGACAGAAUCAGCCUCCAGUGAGUCCAUUUUACUAAAGGCCCACUCCCCCCUGCGAUGCCUUUCCACAACGACUCGCUCCUCUUCAAUUUCCACCUCCAAAUUGGAUUUCCACUCGAACACGAAUAGCAGUGACAGUUGUACAACAGCCACCACCACCAGCAGCAGCAGCAGUGGUUCUGGUGAAAAGACUCUCGAUUCCGGUAGGACUAGCGUUUGCGCCUCCUCGGGUUGUCAAUUUCACCAGAUUCCGAAAUUUUUUUCCAGUGACGAGGAGGACGAGGAUUGGAGCAUAAGCGAGAACGCCGCAUCAGGGGUCACACAUUUCACUCGCGAGGAAACAAUGUAUAUCCCCACUUACCGCCUUAUGACCGCAUUGGAUAUUUGGAUUCAGGAAAUCCGCGGACAAACUGAGAAUGAAUUACCCAGUCCAAUGAUUAACAAACCCCUCAGCCAAUCCUCGUCCUGUACAUAA